CCUGCGCGCACCUGUCCUACCCCAGCCAGGAACCCCGAGCGUAGAGCUAAGCCGAGGCGGGGCUGCCAGGUUGGCCCCCAAAGGGAUGCAAUCGCCCGAGCGGCGAGACCAGCCCCGCUCGCCCCUGGCUGCGGCCGCGCCGCACCCGCCCUCGGCCGGCGACAUGGCCCUGUACUGCGGCGACAACUUCGGCGUGUACUCGCAGCCCGGCCUGGCCGCGCCCGCCGCCCCUGCCGCCCCUGGCGCGUCCUCGGCCGCCCGCGCGCCCUAUACGCUGGCCGACUACGGCGCGCCGCCGCCGGGCACUCCGAACCCCUACCUGUGGCUCAACGGGCCCAGCGUGGGCGGCUCUCCUGCAGCCGCUUACCUGGGCGCCCCGCCGCCGCCACCGCCUCCCGGGGCCGCGGCCGGACCCUUCCUGCAACCGCCGCCCGGCGCGGGCACCUUCGGCUGUGCGCAGCGGCCCUUCGCGCAGCCCGCGCCCACCUCGCCCGCCGCCGCGCCCGGGGCUGCCGGGGCGCCUGGGGAGCUGGGCUGGCUGUCCAUGGCCAGCCGCGAGGAUCUGAUGAAGAUGGUGCGGCCGCCCUACUCCUACUCGGCGCUCAUCGCCAUGGCCAUCCAGAGCGCGCCUGAGCGCAAGCUCACGCUCAGCCACAUCUACCAGUACGUGGCCGACAGCUUCCCCUUCUACCAGCGCAGCAAGGCCGGCUGGCAGAACUCCAUCCGCCACAACCUGUCGCUCAACGACUGCUUCAAGAAGGUGCCCCGCGACGAGGACGAUCCAGGAAAAGGCAACUACUGGACUCUGGAUCCAAACUGUGAGAAAAUGUUUGACAACGGGAACUUCCGCCGGAAGAGGAAGCGACGCUCUGAAGCUGGCAACAGCUCUUCGGCAGCCCUGGGGACAUCAAAAUCAGAAGAAGGACAGGGGGCCGGGGAAGGCAGGAAGGUGGAAGGAGGCAGCCCCCCCUCCCUGCUGCGGCUCCCACAGUCCCCGGAGCCCCCCGAGGGCACCAAGAGUACUGCCUCCUCCCCGGGCUCCUCCCUGCUCAGCUCCACGCCCUGCCUCAGCACCUUCUUCAGCAGCCUCAACGCCCUUGGUGGCGGUGGCAGUGGGGGCACCCAGCGGGCCUUCCACGGCAGCCGCCACCUGGGCAUCCAAGGCGCCCAGCUGCCCUCCAGCAGCCCGUUCUCCUCCACCUCCAUCCCCGAGGCCUCUUCUGACGCCUUGCAGCUGAGUAGCGGCCCUAACAGCAACCAGCGAUCUUCCUACUACAGCCCUUUGCCCGCCAGCACCAGCACGGGCCAGAGCAGCCCCUUCAGCAACCCUUUCUACAACUUCAGCAUGGUCAACACCCUCGUCUACCCCCGGGAGGGCUCGGAGGUGUAGAGACAGACCCUGCAGCUGAAUCGAGCUUCUGGGUAGUCUGUGGUCCGGAGAAGCAGAGAACUCUUAAUCUUAACUCCAACGAGCAUUUCCAGGUGUCUCUGGACCUGUCUACUCAGACACAGGUAGCCUGUGAGCCCUGUGUGGGCUGGGACAAUCUGUUCUGUCUCUGUGUCCCAGGGUGGCAAGCCCAGGUGUGUCCCACUGUUCCAAAACAUAAGCCAGCAGGUUCCCGACUGGGAAAACCACAGCAGCUGGCACUGAAGCAGUAGAGAGAGGUCGGCGGAAGCCUGCCUUGAGUAGCUGGUUGUCUUCUCCAUGGCAGGGUGCUGAUUUUUCAAGAAAAGCCAGGUAAUAAGGGUUUUUGUAGGAAAUGCCACAAAUCCUUGAACUCUGAGCAGCUCCCAGCUCCUCUCUGUCUGGUAUCCAGUGGAUACCGGUAGCAAUUGAACUGUAGGUGCAGCCCUGUGUUCCAAGUGCUCUGUCGACGGCUGGCCACCUCUUCUUAACCCACUAUCCUCCCAGCAGCCGUGGGACACAGGCAUGCCCAGCCCUCCUUUUCAUUUUGAAGGAAGUACAACUCUGAGACGUUAGGUAACUACUGAACAUUGUGGAGCCAGGGAGAACUUGUAACUUCUGUGUUUUAGCUCCUAAAAACCAGCCAACCUCACGGGCAGACUUCUGUAAGAAUAAAAAAGGAUGGGGCUAGAUCACAC